AUGGAGCUGUGCAAGGUAAACAGCUGUCACAACGGCGGCGUGUGCGUCUCGAUGGCGCCCGAUGGCAAUGCGACAUGCAUUUGCCCAAACGGCUUCGACGGUGACUUCUGCGAGGAAGGUUGUCUUUUGUACUCGCGGCCGGUGGGCCACAUUGGCGGGCUGCUGAUUGUUGUUUUGUUUGUGCUUGUCGCCGUGCUCGCCGUGAUGUUGUAUCGGGAACGCAGGAAGACGCACACACCAGUGGCCACGGCCGAGGCUCGU